CAAACACCGCCCCCCCCCCCCAACACCGGUUACCGAAUCACUCCGGUAACGUCACAGCAGCGGGAGCGAGAGGGUUUUGCUAGCGGGCCGGUGGACGACGUGCAGCCGAGCCGAGUGAGAGACAAUCCGCGGUGGAACAGGGACAGACAGAGGUCGAAGACAUUCUCUCCUUGUGUCGUGUGACCAGUGUUAAACUAUGAGUGAAGCUGCUGUUUGUGUCUUCAUCGUGUGAAUUUGCUAAUGCUGAUUGAUGUGGCUUGAUGGCUAUUUAGCAAGACGUGACUGAGGCUACCAAUCCUUGUUCAAAUCAGCUAAGUGUAUGUGCCGGUGACGUCAGCCAUGUUUUGGAAGUUUGACCUGCACACAUCUUCUCAUCUGGAGGCCAUACUGGACAAGGAGGAUGUUACACUUGCUGAGCUCAUGGAUGAGGAAGAUGUACUGCAGGAGUGCAAGGCUCAGAACCGGAGACUUCUCCUGUUCCUGUGCCAGGAACAGUGCAUGCAGGAGCUGGUCUGUAUGAUUACUACAGAGCCCCCUGCUGGUGGAGAGGAGACACAGCGUUUCAAGUAUCCAAAUAUAGCUUGUGAGCUGUUGACAUGUGAUGUGGGAGUGAUCAAUGAUAAGCUGGGUAAUGAGGAGUCCCUGCUGGAAACUCUGUAUGCCUUCCUGGAGCAGCCCUCCCCACUUAACCCCCUCCUGGCGUCUUUCUUUAGCAAGACAAUUGGGAACCUCAUCACACGCAAAACUGAGCAGGUGAUUAAUUUUCUGCGAACGAAAGAGGGAUUCCUUUCCCUGGUCCUGAAGCAUAUUGAUACAUCAGCCAUGAUGGAUGUGCUCCUACGACUCAUCAGCUGUGUGGAGCCACCCCCUCUUCGACUCGAGACUCUUACUUGGCUGAAUGCAGAGAAGUUGGCCGAGAGACUUGUAGAGCUUAUUCACCCUGAGAGAGAUGAAGAGAGGCAGUCCAAUGCAUCGCAGACUCUGUGCGACAUCAUUCGUCUGAGCAGAGACCAGGCCAAUCAGCUCCAAGAGAUUUCACAACCUGACCCUUUGCUGUCUGUGCUGGAGUCGCAGGAGUGUGUGGAGCAGUUGUUGCAGAAUAUGUUCUCGGGAGAGAGGACGGAGAGCUGUAUCGUCAAUGGGAUUCAAGUUCUUCUCACAUUGCUGGAAAUCAGGAGGCCUGUGGUGGAUGGUGUAAUGGAUGCUCAGGGAUUUGAGAGAAGUUACACUGUUAACAGCAGCAUCUUGUUGGCCAUUGAACCACACCUGGUACACUUCCACCAACUGCUUCUGGAGCCUCCUAAGAGACAUCCUAUACUGACCAGCAUGGGUGUGCUGGAGGAACCACUGGGAAACACGCGUCUGCAUGUAGCUAGACUAGUUGCCUCCCUGCUGUACACCAGCUCUGCCAGCCAUGCAGUCGUAGCACAGGAACUUUGCAGACUUAAUACAAUGGACCUGCUUCUGGACUUGUUCUUCAAGUACACGUGGAACAACUUCCUGCACCUGCAAGUGGAGCUCUGCGUUGCAGCCAUCCUCCGACCCUGUGCCCACGAAAUGAGACUCCAGCCUGGUUUGGGAUCUCAGGACAAAUUCAGGCUUCAUCAGGAUGCAUCACAAGAGCAGGCUUUUACUGCGACCCCCACUCCAGAACCUUCAAUCACCCCUGAAAACUCUGCACAUAACUUAAUGGUGACUCAUUUGUUUCAUCACUGCCACCUUGUCCAGAGGAUUCUUCAGGCUUGGGAAGACAAUGAUAAAAUACAAUCAGAAGGUGGUAUGAGAAGAGGGUAUAUGGGGCAUCUGACCCGGAUUGCCAACACAGUGGUGCACAACCUGGAGAAGGGCCCGGUUCAUACACAGAUUAGUAGCCUCAUCACAGAUCUGCCAGAGGACUGCAGAGGACGCUGGGAAACCUUUGUGGACCAGACCCUGUCCGAGACCAAUAGGAAGAACACCAUAGACCUGGUUGGCACGGGAAACCCACGUCCUUCCUCAGAAGAUGAUAUGGAGAGCCCGUUCCCCAAAGAACUGACACUCCAGCAGGCCUUUUCAGACUACCAGAUUCAGCAGAUGACUGCUAACUUUGUGGAUCAGUUUGGCUUCAAUGACGAGGAGUUCACUGAUCAUGAUGACAGCAUUGGGGCGACGUUCGACAGGAUUGCUGAGAUAAAUAUCAACAUCGAUUCAGGCCAGGACAGUGCUAAUACCGCUGUGUUUGAGGCCUGUUCCAAGGAGAGGAUUCAGCCCUUUGAUGAUGAUGAAGAGGACAUCUGGGAGGAGAAAGAGAUCAACUAUGCAACGCAAACAAAGUCCCGAAACAGGUUCGGUGGGUCACAGUCAUCCCAGAGCCAAGUAGACAAUAAGGCUUGUGACAGGACAUCAGCUUCUGGCACUGAGGCCUCUGACAGCGCAGCAGACUCAGAGGAAGAGGAAGGAGAGGAGACCAAAGACGCCUCAGAUCCUUUCUCAAGCCAUGGCCAGACUGAGACAGCAAAGAGCACUGGCUGGAUAGCAGACUUCGGGGAGGUGAACUCGAAGGCACCUGCAGCAGGCGUGGGCUUUGCAGCGUGGGACACUCCACUCUCUCAACCAGCUGCCGCAGAUGGAGAGGAGAAGGGGUGGGCCAAGUUUACAGACUUCCAGCCUUUCUGUUGCUCUGAAACAGGCCCUAGAUGCAGUUCUCCUGUGGACUCUGAGCUCAGCGGAUCGGAAAACACCAAGACAAACCAGAACCCUUGUGUGUGGAGUGUGUGUGUGGCGAGAAAAGCUCCACUGGUGGCGUCAGACAGCUCUUCCUCCAGCAGUUCUGACAGCGACGAGGAAGAAGGCAAGACUGUGUCUACUUCCAGUGAGACGGUCACCACAGAGACCAUCACUACUGGUGCUGGCAAGGAGACCAUUCGGCUCACCAUGGAUUCCAAAAAUGAGAGGGCAGUCUUCAGCAGUGAAGCGGUUAAGGUGCCAAUAGAGGGGCUCACAGUGCAAGACACAGGGACAGGCAAUGAUAAAGACAACGAAAAAGGAAAGAAUAAUGGAGAAUGUCCCAACCCAACAACUGCCAGUCCAUCUAACCAGUCAGCCGCUGUCACACAAGAGACGCAGCCCUCUGCUAAUGGACCGGCCUAGUGAUACGGUACAAGGACACACACAAAGCACCUAUCACCGCUUCAUUCAAUAUACAGCCAUGGCCACGCCACCUUUGCUCCCCUUUAGCAUCUCUUCAAAACCCCUGUCUGUGUCCAAAGAAUGGGAGAUCCUUAAUGUCAAACAGCCCUUAACAGUAUGUAUGUUGGAUGGCACAAAUCUGCACAUGGGCUGUUACUGCACUUCAUGACACGAUUAACUCUGAUCCACGUCAAAGGAGAGUGUGUGUUCUGAGCAUUUCAUCUUGCCGAUAGCCACGUUAUGUUACAUACGAAAGAUUUCUAGAUCAAAUUUUUACAUUGAACCUUGGAAAGUGACGCCCUCUUGGAUUCUGUGAGCAAGAGAGGUGACACUAGGUGUGUGAGCGCCAGCUGUGGCCCUCAAAUCUUAAGAAAACAAACAACUCAGUCUGACAUUUGGAUUAAGAUUAAUGAUUAAAUUCACCUUCAGAUUUUCAGGGCAUUAAACCACAGCCCAGUGCAUUUUUCUAGAAAAGCAUUUAAUUGUUUACACUUUAGUAAAUAAAUUGUAUUUAAAUUGUCAGCCAAGAUUACAGAAGCCAAGAUGCUUGCAAAGCUAGCUGCCAUUUUGUCUUGAGCAUUUGGAUGUACAUGCCGGGCAGAUGAUUUAUUAGUGAAAUGUGUGAGUGAUAAUUUGGCUUUUGUUCAAACUUGCAACCUGAACAUUUCUCUCUCAACUAUUUCAUUAGAUUUUUUUACUUUUCUUAUGUGGAACAGGAGUUCUCUCUAUUUUUUGUUCAGUUAGGUAGUUUAGUUACACUGUGUGUGUGUGU